AUGUGCGACUACUUCCUGCAGAGGAUGGAGGGCGACCAGGCCGGCGGUGACCUCACCGACAUCGUCCGGGCCGGGGGAGGGGCCAUGCCGGGGAGCGUCGUCGUCGACCUCCCGUCGACGGCCGCCGAGUGGCAGCUCCCGGCAGAGCCGAUGCUCUUCCCGCCGCCGCCGUCGUUGUCAUCGGACGGUUGUGGCGGGGCAGCCGAAGCCGCCAACAUCUUCGGCGGCGGGGACCCUUUCGCGGGGCUCGCGGACCCGUUCAGCAGCGACUACUCGUCCGGCGCAGACUUCUUGGACGCCAUGCCGGACGCGAUGGCCAAGGUCGGCUUCGACACGGUUGUCGGCGCCGGCGCUGGCGGGGGAGGAGGUGGCGGCGGUGGUGGUGGAAACUGUGGACAGCUGUUAGACAUGAGCAGGAAGCCUCUCCUGCCCAGAGGGAUGCCUAUGCCGGCCGUCGGUGCGCUGGCGCCGCCGAGGGUGAUGCCAUCGCCGCUGUCCCCUCGAGCCAUACGGCCCUACCCGGCGAUCUCCGCAGGCGACAUGAUGAAACUUGGCAUCACGGCCGGGCAGGCUGCCGGGUGCGCCAUCGACGCCGCUGUCGCCGGCAUGCAGAUGUCGUCGCCGCGCUCCGGCGGGAUCAAGCGCAGGAAGAACCAGGCGAGGAAGGUGGUGUGCAUCCCGGCGCCGACGGCGGCGGGGGGAAGACCCAGCGGGGAGGUGGUGCCUUCUGAUCUCUGGGCUUGGAGGAAGUAUGGCCAGAAGCCUAUCAAGGGAUCUCCCUACCCAAGAGGCUAUUAUAGAUGCAGCAGCUCAAAAGGAUGCUCGGCGAGGAAGCAAGUGGAGCGCAGUCGGACUGACCCCAACAUGCUCGUCAUCACCUACACCUCGGAGCACAACCACCCAUGGCCGACCCAGCGCAACGCCCUCGCCGGCUCAACCCGGUCUCACCACAGCAAGAACAGCGGCGGUGGUGGCGGUGGCGGCUCAGGUUCCAAGAGCUCCCAGAACGAAAAGUCACAGCAAGCAAACGUUAAGGAAGAACAGAAGGAUCAGGCGGCGACGACGGCCACCAGCACAAUCACUACCACGAACAGUGCUUCUCCUGUGGUUGUGAAGGAAGAAGAGACACUGGCAGGAUCGUCAUCGGAAGCAUUGGAGUUGGAGAGAGUAAUGGACACUGCAGCUGGAGUAGUAGACCACAGUGAACUCAUGGAUCAUGUUUUCAGUGAGAGCUACAAGCCGAUGAUACCGGAGACUGGCCAGCCAGAUGACUUCUUUGCAGACCUCGCCGAGCUGGAGUCAGAUCCCAUGAGCCUAAUCUUCUCGAAGGAGUACAUGGAGGCCAAGCCACCAGGUGGUGGCGAUCAUGCCCAGGAGAAGGCAAUGGCCAAGGACUUGGAUCCAUUCGACAUGAUAGACUGGUCUACUACUGCUAAUUCUUCGGUGGGGAGCUCAUUUGAGCAAGGGAAGAGAGGCUAGCUAGCUAAACCCAUGGGCAAAAGGCAUGAACGGUUUAUGCUUGCAUACGGUUAAUUACAUAAACGACUUGAUCCCAGCUAAUAACCAUAAAGAUUGUGACAAU